ACAACAAUAACACGCAGCUAGCAGCAGUGAGACAAAAACGCACUCAUUUCUGUUUUUUAGGUAGUAAAUAUUACAGGACACAUGCACACUGACCGCUGCUGUUAACACACUCGAACAGUGUCUCUGGUCAGGUGAGUUGAGCUGCUCUGAAACGUUUUAAACACAGAAACACACCGAUGUUGUUGUGACGCGCAGACGCUAGACGGUUAGCUUGUGGCACUGUCCGGUGUGACGGUUUACCUGGUGACCAUGUUAACUGGUGACUUUCUCGCAUUUUAAGAUGCGUAACGAGAGAUUAAUACGUCUCCUGAACUUACAUAAAUGCUGAGAUACUUAGAUAUUAAAACGCAUGAGUAUGUAUUUAAGAAAGGUUUAAACUACAAAGGCUUUUUUGUUUUAGGGAAGUCACCAGUAAACACGGUCACCAGUUAAAGCGUAACAGCGGUUUUGUUUCAUGUCACUGGUCUCCGGACUCGAGCGCAGCAAACAUGGAGAGCUUAUACAAAAGGAAGAUGUUCGCCUCGAUGAGGAAAACCAAAGUGGACGCCUCAAAAAAGCGACAAAUUGGCCUUCCCGCUUCUAUCCUGGACGACAGUGACGAAGGCUCCUUCUCCUCCUCCUCCUCGGGUUCCCAAUCCGACUUCCAGAGCUCCCCAGAGGAGGACAGCGAGUCUGGAGCCACGUCCAGUGAUGACAGCCGGUCUGUGACCCGGAGGAAGCGCUCGUUUCUUAGACGUGAUGACACCUCCUCUUCCUCCUCCUCCAGCACCGGGGAGGAGGAUGAUGAUGAGGAGGAGAGGAGCAAGUCGAAGAGGUUAGUACAGCCCAAGAAGCGGAGCAGGCUGCAGCGACAGGACGAGUCUGACUCUGAUCAUGCAGAGGAGAAGCAGCGGGAGGAGGCGGAGAAGGCGAAGAGGAGGCAGAGACACAACAAGCUGCUGGCGCUGUCCCGGAGGAUGAAGGCCCGGGUCCCAAGUCGUAGGAGGAGCCGCCUCAAGCAGGAUGCGGGCGAUGAUGAAGAUUCCAAAGAAGCUGAGGAUGAGGCAGGCGGAAAUAAAGAUAAAGACGGAGAGAAAAACGGCAACAAGAAAGAGGCGGCAGGAGAUGAGGAAGGAGGCAGAGAGGAGGAGGAGGAGGAGGAUGAGGAGGAGAAAGACGAUGAGGAGAAGGAGGAAGCAGAGGAGGAGAAAUAGUAGAGAACAGAGGAGUUUGAAUGUGAAAAACUAAAUACUUUUAAUCUGAAAAACUCUUGGUUUAUAUAGUUUUUUCCCUCCUGCAGCUCUUAAAGUGGAAAACAAAAAACACUAAAAGAGCUGGAGUUGCAGGUCAUAUCGUGUUGCUAUAGGAACAGACGCUGGUGACAUGCAACAAUAAAAGAUGCACAGAGGAUUUGGAGAGCCUCGCCGACCCGUUACAGCGCAUCCUGCCGAGGAAGGAGAGCCUGGAAUGGGACACAGCUUUAAGAGAGGGACAUAUGGCUCCUGGAGGAUCAGUGUUUGUCAGUAUCUGCACCUGCUGACCUUCUGAUGUGUCGAGUCCAUCACCCAAAAUACCAAAUCCCAGACGAUGAUUUCAGACAAAUGUCAUGUCAGUGUUGAAGAUUAUUACAUUACAGAAUUAACAGUAAUAAGCUGCAGCUUCUUCUCAUAUGUCAUUUUAAACCAGAGAAAGCGACAGUUGGAUAGAAAUGAGAAGCUGCUGCUAAUGAAGAACAGUGAAGAGAGAUAAAAGGUUCAGUAAGAGAUGCUUUAGUAUUAUACCUUAAUGAAUCUUAAUGCAUCCCUAUUAAAUAUGACAUUUGAGUUUGUCUACAUGCACUUAAGUAACCUUAAUACUCAGAGAAAGCAGGUAAUACAGGUAGUUAGAAAAGGCAUUUACAUCCAUUUAUUGUAAUCUAAUUGAUGUAAAUCCAUGUAUACAUGCAGCAGGUCAGUAGUCAUGUUUCUGUCCAGCCUCAAGCCUUAUUUUGUUAUUUUUAUUGUUUUUUUGUUGGUUUUUGCACUUGUGCAUCUUAAAUUUAAAGUGUUGCACAUAACUAUGUGUAAAAAGCUGAUAGGAAAUCUGUUUCUGUGUAUACAUGGCAGAGAAAUCAGAGU